CAGCCAAACAACCGAUCCGCCGACCAAACGGGGAACGAGUGACGACGACGUGCUAACGAGUUAGCCGGGUAGCUACCUACCGCUAUCCGGUGUGAGCGCGGUGGCGGCGAAUUAUAUGAUAUAGAGGAAUAUUUCAGGAUAUAGUCCGUUUUUAUUUUACUUUAGCCAGCCAGGUAAUUUAAAUAUGCCCAGCAAAAAGAAGAAGUACAACGCUAGGUUCCCUCCGGCGAGGAUUAAGAAGAUUAUGCAGACGGAUGAAGAAAUAGGAAAAGUGGCUGCAGCAGUACCUGUUAUUAUUUCGAGAGCCUUGGAGCUUUUUUUGGAAUCGUUGCUUACGAAGGCCUGUCAUGUCACCCAAUCUAGGAAUGCAAAGACGAUGACAACGUCGCAUCUAAAGCAGUGUAUUGAGCUGGAGCAGCAGUUUGAUUUCUUGAAGGACCUGGUGGCGACGGUGCCGGACAUGCAGGGUGACGGGGAGGAGAACCACACCGAGGGAGGAGGAGAAAAAGUCCCACGCAGGGGUCGCAAACCAGGCUCUGGUCGCAAGAACGGAGGGGCUGGAACCAAAGGCAAGGACAAGAAGUUGUCUGGAACGGAGUCGGAGCAAGAGGACGACUCGGAAGACAGCGAGACAGACGGGGACGAGGAGGACGGCUCUCAGUCGAGCACAAAUCUGCAGGCUGCGUCCAGGUUCCACAGCUCCAACCCGCCCCCCCAGUACAUGCACAUGGGCCACAUGGUGUCGCUGGGCGGCCUGGCUCCAGCUCAGCCCCCCGCCGGCAUGGCCUUCGCCCCCCACCCCUCCAUGAUGAGCGUCGCGCCGCCUCCACCUCCCCCAGCGCCGCACAAAAACGAGGACGACGACGACGAAGACUACGACUCUUAGCUCCCUCACUUCCCGCUUCACUCGCUCACUCUCACACACACUCUUAAAACGUUAUUUUCAGAUCCUUAAGUUGUUCUUCCGAGGAGGGAAAGACUCUUCAUCGCGGCCCACCGCCCGCAAGACGCAGAAAACCCGUUGUACAUUAUGUGUUUUAGUUUUCUUUUCUUUUUUUUUAAAGGAGAAAACACAAAAAGGUUUUAUUUUAUCGUAGAAGAGGAUGUUUUUUAACAAGUCGGUCGAUUUUUGAAUAGGGAAAACGUCACUGUUUUUUGCUACGAGCCCCUCGCUGCCCCCCCCAGCAGACAGGAUAGGUGUGGUUUGUGUUGUAAUUUCUUUUUUUUUCUUUUUGGCUCUUUCCUUUCUUCCUCAGUCCUCCGUAGUAGCUGCGAACAUAUCAGUCGCUUUCAUUCAGAUCCUCAGGUCGGUAGAAAAAUGUUCCACAAGUGGUAGUCGGAGGGAAACGAGACCUCGCUUGCCGCCGAAAUGUUGCAUUAUCGAUUGGCCACCGCUGCUCAGAUGUGAGCCCUACUUCCCGGCUUUGUCAGUCCGACUGCAACGUAAACAAGGAAGCAGGUGUAUUUUUACUAUAGGUUUAGCUAGCCGCAGCUUCUUCCAAUUAGUUCCUAUUUUUAAGUCGCGUUUUUAUCAAGAGAACUGUAAACUUCCACGACCCGCAAGCCAGCAGGUUAAGGCUUCACAUUGUGUUGUAGUCGCUUGUAUAUUAUUUUACACCACCAUUAAAUGCCCCCCUGAAGUAUACUGUGACUCUUGGACCAUCGCUUUGUUUUUAAAGCCUCCUUUUUUUUCUGGCUACCCCUCCGAUUUUGAGUAAAGAUCUCCCACCCACCCCCCUUCUUCUUUUAGAUUGUUUUAAUUGUCAUCAGAUGGGGCUCCCGUUUGUGUGUCGCUCUUGUUAUGAAAUGGCUGCGAACAGACAGGUGACACUGUAUUGUAAACUUUUAACAUUCUUUUUAUUUUGUAUGGGUGAAAUAAAGUUCAUAUUUCAAUUAAAA